AUCUUGUGGACUGUUCCUGAAAUGUCGAGGCCUAAUUCUCCAUGCUGUUAGCACACAUGGAAUAAUGCCUGCUGUUAGCCUGGGCUUUAGCUAGCGUCAAUACAAAACAAAUCACCAACACUAUAUUAUCACCUGCAUGCUGUUUGAGAGGCCAUAAUCUAAAGAAGCUGUGAUAUUUUGGAGAAUUGCAGGCAGAAUGAACUCGCUGUGUGUUCAGCUGUAACUUUAUCCGCGUUUAAAUCUUCUGCUGUGUCUCCUGUAGUGUCACAGGCAAAUGCUGCAUGCUAACAGUGCUUUCACACAGCUAUGUCAGGAAUUAAAAGGAAACUGGAGGAUAAAGAUCCAGACUAUGAAGACAUAACCCAAGUGCAGCAGAGCAAGAGGAGCAAAGUACUCGAACAGAAUGCACGUGAUGCCACGAUACAGAAGAUCGAAGCGAUCAUCAGAGACCAGUUUGUCCUGGAGAUGAAAAACAAGGAACAUGAGAUUGAGGUCAUUGGCCAGCGUCUAAACGAGGCGAGGAGGAUGAUGGACAAGCUGAGAGCCUGCAUUGUGGCCAGUUUCUACACCAGUGCUGGCCUGAUGAAAGUUUCUGAGUCCUCAGUGAGUGAUUUGAACCAUCCAGCUAUCAAGCGCUUCCUGGAGUCUCCGUCUCGCUCGUCAUCUCCUUUAAACCAGGGUUCAGAGGCACAUUCUGUAGGCCACUCAGAGACUGAAUCCCUGAGUCAGCCAACAGAGCCAGGAGAAAGAGACAGUCAGGGCUGGAAAGAGGAAGACCUCAGGCAUCUGGAGCGCAGACCGGGACGCAAUACUGGCAAGGAUACAUUUGGUGUGCCAUCAUCUGUAGACCAGCACUUCACAUUCCACACUACGGGAGACGAGGCAUCACGACUCUACGUGAAGAAAACCAUUGUUGUGGGCAACGUUUCAAAGUACAUAGCUCCUGAUAAGAGAGAAGAGAAUGACCAGUCCACCCAUAAGUGGAUGGUGUAUGUCCGAGGUUCAAGGAAGGAGCCCAGCAUCGACCAUUUUGUGAAGAAGGUUUGGUUCUUCCUGCACCCCAGCUAUAAACCCAAUGACCUGGUGGAGGUGAGUGAACCCCCGUUUCACCUGACACGGCGCGGCUGGGGUGAGUUUCCUGUGCGUGUGCAGAUUCAUUUUAAAGACCAGCGGAACAAACGUAUUGAUAUCAUCCAUAAUCUGAAGCUGGACAGGACAUACACAGGACUGCAGACUCUUGGAGCAGAAACGGUGGUAGAUGUUGAGUUACAUAGAAACUCCCUGGGUGAGGACUUCAUCCCAUUCCCAUCUUCCUUCUUCUCAUCAUCAUCUUCCUCCUCUCACCUGGCAAGUACAGCUGCCCAUGGUACACUGGCUGGAAAGUCUGCAAGUCAAAAUUCCCAGAAUUCCUGCCAUGCAGUGUCACCCUCUCAGCUGUCUCCUGACUCUAACUCAGAAAAAGGUGUGAAGAGCGAGACUGUGCGAUCAUCAUGUUCUGAGGGAACAGUGUCACAAGCCAAAGGGGUGGAGAAAAUCACCCAGAGCUUUCAUAGCAGCUCAGCAUUUCAGCCAAUCACAGCCAGCUGCAAGAUCAUGCCCCAGGGACAGACACCCAGUCCUGCAGAGUCACCUGGGAAAUCCUUCCAGCCAAUCACCAUGAGCUGCAAAAUUGUAUCUGGCUCCCCUAUUUCUACCCCUAGUCACUCUCCCCUGUCUAGAACACCCACCUCCACCCCUGUACACAUGAAGACCAGCUCAUCUGUAAACAACCCGUAUCUCAGUACUGACAAGCCAGGUCAGGUGAUGAGCAUGACUACACCCACUACAGGAAGUCCAUCAGCCAAACAGAGUGGUGCUGCACAGGGUGCACGCUCACCUGCUCCGAAAGUCCACUCAGGCGGCUUCCUCUCAUCUGGAGUCAAGGUGAUCAUUAAGCAGGAACCAGGAGAAGUAACUACAUCGACAUCUUCACAACAGCAGCCUGGAUCCACAGCACCAGCCCAACAGCAGUAUGUGACUGUGAAAGGGGGUCACAUGAUUGCUGUGUCACCCCAGAAGAGUGGGGUGGGGGCAGGAGGAGGAGCCACACCUACCAAGAUGGUGGGGAUUCCAGUUGGCUCUGCCCUGCAGUCUGCAGUAAAGCAGGUGGCCAUCAGCAGUGGUCAAAUCCUGGUUGCUAAGUCAAGCCCUGCAGUCUCCAAGGUAAUGGGACAGAAGCAGGUGGUGGCACAGGGCGUGGCUAAAGCAAUUGUCAGUGGGGGCGGAACAGGUACCGGAAGUGGGGUGUGUGUACAGCAGGUGCACACCGGUGCCAAAUCAACAGGAGGAUCAGGAGGCAGUGGCAAGAGUGGAGUAAUGGCAACGCUGCAGUUACCGGUGAAUAAUUUGGCUAAUUUGGCCAACCUGCCUCCGGGCACCAAGCUCUACUUGACCACGAACAGCAAAAACCCAUCAGGCAAGGGCAAACUCUUGCUCAUCCCACAGGGAGCCAUCCUGAGAGCCUCAAAUAGCACAGGGCACCAGUCACAGAGUUCUUCUUCUGGUUCUGCUCAGUCGUCCGGCAGCAGCUCUGGAUCCAGCAGCCUGCCCACCAGCCUGUCCUGCACCUCGUACAUACUGAAACAGACCCCACAGGGCACGUUUCUGGUUAGUCAACCAGGGGGUUCUGGGAAGCAGAGCACAGCCAGUUCCACAAGUCAUGCCACAUCUAGUCCCACCUCUGUUACCCAGCAGGCCAUUCGUGUUACAGCAGGACAGAAGGCAGCCAUCUUGGCUCAGGUGGUCGGUGGCUCCCAGGGGUCUCAGGUAAAGCUGUCUGAUGGAUCGGUGAAGACGGUGACGGCUGCACAUCUGUCCAAACCAGGCAGUACCACUUUGAGGAUGACGGGGGGACUCAUCACAGCAACUACUUCAAGUUCACCUGCCGCUACCUCCACUUCUCAGCAGUCAGCAGAGGUCGCUGGAGUGUCUUCUGCUUCCUCAGGUACUAAAGCACAGCAUCCUCUACUGAUGGCAGCCAAUCAGGCUGCAGUAAUCAGUGCCGCUAAGAGUGCUAGCUCAUCAGCUAACGCAGCAAAAAACACAGGCGCCGUUGUAUCGGCAUCUAAAAGUAUCAACAUGCCGCUUAUCAGCCUGUCGAAGGGAGCAGGGACGGCGGUAGUGAGUGUGCCCAAGAGUGCCAGUCCUUCAUUGGUCAGUGCCGCAUCUCUCGUGGGAGGAGCUACAGUCAGUGGGAAGGCAGCGGCUGCAAUUUCAGGCAUGUUAAAGCUACAUUCUGGGCAGUCAGGCUCACAACAGACGGUUCUGACGAUUCCAGCUAACCAGCUUAAGCAGCUCAGCAUCAGCGGUGCAUCCACAGGCCUCCAGACAAUCCUAAUGCCUGUUGGAAAAGUAGUGCAAUCUGGGUCUAAAUCUGCAUCCAGUGCUCAGAGUGGAGUUUCCCUUUCUACCACUGCACCUCUAGCUCAAGUCAAGACAGAACCAGGAUUAUCCAGCUCCUGCACAACCCCAGUAACGCCCACUUCUACCCCUCUAUCUACAGUAUCUACCCCCCUGCCCACAGCCACCUCUGCUACUGUUAAACUAGAACAAGGCACAGAAACCACGACACAUGAGCUUCUUAAUACGGAACAUAUUGAAACCAUGUUGCAACUCUUGACAGCUGCAGUGAAGAAAUUUCCUUUGAUUGUCCCAGAAAAAACUGAAGAUUCCCACCCGUUCUGUGCUACCUCUGUGGAGCAGUACUAUUCCUGGAACAUUGGAAAACGCAGAGCCGCAGAGCUCCAGAGGGCAGUAGCAGUGAAGCGUCUAGUUCAGGAUAUUUUAGACCGGAACCCACGACUACAGGCCCUCAGCCCACCUAAGACCAGGGAAGUGGUCCAGUGGUGUCGUCUCCGUGGAUUCACACCACCUGACCCUGAACCCCAGCGCAUAGAGGAGGACUCCAUAGAAGACAUUCUAACACAGAUAGACAGUGAGCCAGAGUGUCCCUCUACUCUGACGGAUGGUGAAGAACUGUGUCAGCGUCUUGAGCAGUUGCAGAGGUUAUUAAAGACUGAGCCAGAAGAGGAAGACACAGAGCCUGUUGACAUUGUUGCUGUCGAAGAGGACCGAAGCAAAAGGGUCAAGGUCAAGCAGGAGCAGGAGGAAGCAGAGGAGGAGCCCAAAUUCUUCCUGGGGUUAUGUCCCUCUUCCCAGUUUGUCAGAGACACAGCAGAGCAGAUUGGUGUGAGUUUCCAGCCAGUUGAAGUGGAGAGAAAUGUCUUUGCUCCCGUUGUGGAAGCCAUGAUUCUCAAGGCCACACAACAGUUUGCCAGUGAGGUACUGAGAGAAUCACUAGCAAAUGCCUAUGGGAAGUCGCCUCAAAACAGAGUUCCCAGAGAAAUCUCAGCCAUGAAUAUACACCAGGCUGCCAGCUCAAUACCCACCUGUGAUUUCCUCACCAAUAGGUACAUGGGCUUCCUGCUGAAGGAUGGUGGCCAUGAAGACUGAAAGUGGAUUUGGAAUUCCAGAGCUGCUAAAAUAAACUCCCAUACACAUGCACAGAUUACUGGCAUGCUUACUGGCAUGCUUUCAGCAGUGAAUAAGUGUGAAAUGUACAGGGGCUGACCCUUCAGACACAGGCAUCACAUUAACAUGCUGUGAUGCCUGGUACAAUCCGAAGAUGUGUUUGGAUGGAAUGAAGCGGUUAUGUUGAACUCUUUGAUGGUGUAACAGCAGUACAGGAGUUAUCAACACAUGGACAUCACUGUUGAGUUUAACAAGAUCAUACAUUUAUUGUCUGGACCUGUUCAAACCAUCUGUCUCAAUGUUUGUAUUUUGUUUGACUUUCAUUAUUAUGAGUAUCACAUUCAGACUUAGAUUGCGCUUAGUAACGUGGUCCAAUGUGACGGAUUCUCUGCUUGUCAGAUCUACACGAGCACCUAUAUACAAAGAUGAGGGAGGAAAAGAGGCACUCAAUAUAUCAACCUGUUGUGUGUCUAGUUAGUUAGUAAAUUCAUCUUCAUUUCACGGUUUUCUACAGUCAGUUUUAGUGCAUUUCUGAGUAGACUGCAUACUUUGCAAUACUAGUGAUACAGAAUGGUUAUGGUAGUGUGAUCACUGUUGUACUUGUAUGUAUUAACUAGUCUUAAUCUGUGGGUUGCUGUUGUAGGAGACACAACCAGAAAAUCAGUAAUCACAUGUCUAUUGUGAAGUCUACAUUCACUGUUUUUUCUUUUCUUUUUUGAGCACUGAGCAGCUGGCAUUAAAAUGCUGGCUGGUUGUGCAUUUUGUGUAUUGUUGUGGUCCAUAAAGUCUUGCCCAUCUUCAGACUUAAACAUUGCAGGAGGUGUGUUUAGGAGCUGAUAACUUACACAGUGAAGAGAAAAUUCCAGUGUUGUAUUUUGUAACAUUUGCUGAAGCAUUUUUGUUAUGAAGAUGGCCGGUGCUUGCUAGACUUGCUGAAGACUUAAUAUUCAGGUGCUUUUACGUCAUUGCAUACGUAAGCCUUUCUCACACCUUGUCCUACUGUAUCUCACCAUUGUAUGGUUUUGCGUGAGCAAACACACCUUAUCAAACUUGCUAAGUACAUGUUACUAAACCACAUUUAAACCUAGUAUGCUACACUGGAGAUGAAACAAAGCUAAAUUAUUCAGCAGUUAUCUUUACAACAUAACUGCUCAGGAGGUAGGUUUCUGGUGGCAGACGGCUCAUUCGUUCAGAAGGUUUUGUGGUGUUAAAUUCUCUAAAAGUGCAGAGUUUUGUAGGAUGAAAUUUAGCCAAAUUUGAUUUAGAAACAAAUGCAGUUAAUGGGCUCAGACAUGCCUGGUGAAUUCUCCUGGCUUUCAUUCCAUUUAUGUUAGCUUAAGUAGUGUUUUAGUCUAAGCUGAUACAGUUGAGUGUAAAUUUGCACCACUUUAGGACAAAAUGAAGAAAAAAAGAAUGAAGUAAAACGCUGAAUAUGAUCUCAGUUCAGAGGUUUGCAGCUCUUUUUCAGAAUGUGAUAUAAAAAAAAAUUGUAAAGACCUCUGUACCCACUCUCCUUUAAAACUACCUCCAAUCUUAAAUACUCUAACAGGCUUUUGAAUUGUUUAGCUGGAAUUGUUAAGCCCACCACUCUUCCUGACUAGACCUUGACCUGUUCUUAUCGACACAUCUGUUAUAAACUUUGCCACAUGUCAGACACUGCCUUGUUUAGGUGGGUACACUGUGGUCAUAACUAAAUGUAGACCUAUUGCCUUUGGGUUUUUUUUCCCCCCAUAUUUAAACUUUUUGCACUCGACUAUAUCACGUUCUACAUUGUGAUUAAUGUAGAAGUAACGAACCAGCAAUGCGUUUCUCCAGUGUGUCCUCGUGUUUGUAAAUGUAUGUCAAUUUGAGUGUGGGUGCCAAGGUUUGUUUGCUCUGUGACAGUUGUAUAUUUUUGUGUAUGCACGUGCUCUGUGCACGAACAGACUUAACUAAACAGUCAUAACCUGUUUAAACAAUCUUAAUGUAUUGUAGACACACAUGACCAAUUAUAUUUUGCCUUGUUAUGUAACUAAAAUAAUGACUAUUCUUGUAUUAAAAUGGUAGAUAUGCCACUAAA